AUGGCCGGGAGGGAAUUGGAUGACGCCGAGAGGCUGGAGAGACCAGUUCGGGACAAUGAGGUGUGGGAGCGCGAGGUCGGUGGUUGCGACCUGAUUCGUCACUCGGUGGCAGCAGCAUGGCGAAUUGGGAUGGCGGAGGCUGCGGGCAGACAGGUUGAAGAUGUGGAAUGCCCUGUGGUUGUCAUGCGACUAGAGCGCGCGUUUGACGAGGCGUUUAUGCUUCUCCGGAACUUUGACUAG